GCAUUCAUUUCAUAAUUACAAAACAACCAUUUUUCUUAGCCAUGGGAGAGGUAGAUCCAGCUUUCAUUCAGGCACCUGAACACAGGCCUAAACUUUCCACCAUCGAAGCUCAAGGCAUCCCAUUAAUUGAUCUCUCCAUUUUGAACUCUCAUGAGUCUUCUAACCUUAGUUUAAUACAACUUCUCAAGGCCGGUGCUGAGGGAAGACAGAGAGUCAAUCUAGUGGAAGAGAUAGGGGAAGCAUGCAAGAACUGGGGGUUCUUCCAAGUGAUCAACCAUGGAGUCCCUUUGGAAACUCGUGAGAAGAUUGAGUCGGCGGCGAGAAAGUUCUUCGCACAGUCAGCAGAUGAGAAGAGGAAGAUUAGGAGGAGAGAUGAAAUGAACCCACAAGGUUACAAUGAUAUUGAGCUGACUAAGAAUGUUAGAGACUGGAAAGAAGUGUUUGAUUUGGCUGUCAAUAACCCGACUGUCAUUCCGGCGUCACACGAGCCCGAUGAUAAGGAGGUCAGGGAGUUGGUUAACCGGUGGCCAGCGUAUCCUCCUGAGUUAAGGGAAUCAUUUGAAGAAUAUGCCACGGAAAUGGAGAGACUGUCACACAAGCUGUUGGGACUCAUCUCCCUGAGCUUAGGCUUGCCAGAAAACCGGUUGAGCGGCUUCUUCAAUGACCAUAUCAGCUUUAUCCGACUCAAUCACUACCCACCGUGCCCAAUCCCUCACCUAGCUCUAGGCGUUGGUCGACACAAGGAUGGUGGUGCCUUGACUGUCCUUGCACAGGAUGAUGUUGGAGGACUGGAAGUGAAGCGAAAAACAGACGGAGAGUGGGUUCGAGUUAAGCCCACUCCAGAUGCUUAUAUUGUGAAUGUUGGUGACAUUGUUCAGGUAUGGAGCAAUGAGAAGUAUGAGAGUGUGGAGCAUAGGGUGACGGUGAACUCUGAGAGAGAAAGAUUCUCGAUCCCAUUCUUCUUCAAUCCGGACCAUCAUGUCAUGGUGGAGCCUUUAGAGGAGCUGACAACUGAGCAAAACCCUCCCAAGUACAGGGCUUACAACUGGGGGAAAUUUUUCGCUACCAGAAGGCGCAGUAAUUUCAAGAAGCUUGAUGUUGAGAACAUCCAAAUUUCUCAUUUCAAAAUAUAAGAGGAAUCAUCUUAAAGGAAUUGUGGAAAUGUAAUCUUUUGUACAAACAUUAUAUGAAUAAGUUGUUCAUCUUCUAGUUUCCUACAAUAAUAGAGGACUUCGCUUACUUUGAUGUUGCUCUGAUGCUAUCCAGGAGAUUUGGCUCUGGUUUUGUAUAAAAAUACUAAAACUUUCUUGUUGCUUUUCUUUCUCUUUCGCAGUAUGUAUCAUACUAUGUGGUGCCGGUUCAGAUGAUACUAGUUUAUGGAAAUGCACUACCGAUUUCAGCUA